CAUAUGAAUGAUCUUAACACGUUUUUAAGCAUUGUCGAUCAAACAUCUUUCUUCUAUGUAUAAACAUAUAUAAAUAUUUCUAGUUCCUAAAUUGGCUGCAUAAUAAUUAUUUGAUAUAUAUAUAUAUAUACGAUGAAUUUUAUCAUGGAUGAUGAUCAAUUACAUAAUUCAGAGGAUAUGGAAAGUGAUUAUUCAGAUACUAAUACUAAUUUGAAUAAGCCAAGAGUAAUUAGUGAGAAAUUAACAUAUUUUCCAGAUAAAAUAAUUGGUCAAGGGAGCUAUGGAAGCAUUGUAUUUGAGGGUUUAUUCGACGGUUCAAGUGUUGCUGUGAAAAGGCUUCAAUUAGAAUACUACAAAAUAGUUGGUAAAGAGAUUAAGGCUCUCGAAAAAUCGAAAAACCAACAUCCAAAUAUUGUGAGGUAUUAUGGUGUGGAAAAAGAUUCUAAUUUCUUCUACAUCGCUCUCGAGCGUGGUGUUUGUGAUUUGGAUGUGUUCAUGAGAUUGUGUACCUCUAGACAUGAUCCUAAUAAUGUUUCUCCUUCGGAAUUACUACUACGCAAUUCCUUAUUUGGAGAUCAUCGAACGGUACCAUCUAUCAAAUUUUUAUGUCGUCCUACUCAUUUCUUAGUAAAAUUGAUGAGGGAUAUUGUGAAAGGUGUUGAAUAUUUACAUAGCUUGAAAAUAAUGCAUCGUGAUUUGAAGCCUAGUAACAUUUUGAUAUUUAAAGAAGAAGAAGAAGAUGAAAGUGGUAUUUCUAUAUGUGCAAAGAUUUGUGAUAUGGGCAUAAGUAAGCCACUUCCUUAUAAUAGAUCUUCAAUCACUAACACAUCAUAUGGCACCAAAGGUUGGCAACCACCUGAAAGAAUCAACAUUCAUGAUCAAACAAACAAGAUAAGCACAGCCGUCGAUAUGUUUAGUUUAGGUUGCGUACUCUCUUUUUGUAUCACUGAGGGGCGUAGCCACCCCUUCGACACUCGUGAUGGUCGCAAUCGUAAUUCAAACAUUGCUGAUGACAAGAAGAACUUGGAGUUCCUCUCAUAUUUCGGAGAAGCUGAAGAUCUCAUUUCUAAAUUAAUAAGUAAAGAUCCUAAAUCGAGGCCAACUGCAGCCGAAGUGUUGCUCCAUCCAAUGCUAUGGAAUUCCAAUGUGAGAAACUCUUUUUUAUAUGACAUAAGCAAUAGAUUGGUAAAAUUGGGUAGGAACUCUGAAUUUUCAAAAGCAUUGGAGGGAAUUGCCAUAUUUGAUGAUUUGGAUAGAAAGAUCUUGCUUAUACCAAUUAUAACUUAUAGUUAUGAAUUUUCGAAAACGUUGAAGACAAUGGGAGGAACACUUCAAAGCUACGAUCUUCGUUCGAAAAGGCUUUUGCUAACGAUAGACGAGAGCAAAAAUAUUUCACAAGAGCAACUCGAAAAUAAUUUGGCGAAUUACGGUUACGAUCACUUUCGCGAAUGGAAUUUUAUAGACUUGUUGCAAUCUCUAGGAACUUUGACUCACAUCAAUAUUGAAGGAAAUAUUAUUGAGUUUGAUGGUCAACAUUUAGAUGGAUACAUUGCACCAAGAUUUCCGAAAGUGUUUAUGGAAGUGUACAAAGUCAUACUCAAUCACUACAAAGAGGAGGAAGAGUUCAAGAGCUAUUUUGAAGAAGGCAUGCAUGCAUAAUGAAUAUAUGAUUAUGUAAGGGAUAAGUUGAAAAAAUACCUUUUAUUUGUGUCCAUUAAUCAAAAUACUCUUAUAUUAUAUUUCAUUGAAAUAUACCUAAUUUUGUGAGUGACUUGUCAAAUAUACCUCCACUUUUCCACUUAAGUCUAGCAUAUAAUUUACAUUAAUUUAAGGGGUAUAAUAAGGACAUCAUCUAUAAAAGUAGGUAUAUCUUAAAGAAAAUAAAAAUGAAGGUAAAAAUCAAAACAAAUAAAGUAAAGUGGGUAUACAAUGUAAUUUCCUCAUUAUGUAACAUGGUAACUAGGGUCGGCCUUGAGUUGUAUUGGGCUUGGAGAAUGAUAGAUUUUGAGAAAAUUAAAUUAUAUAUCUAUUUUAUUUUACUUGUUUAAAUUUUACCUUCAUUUUUAUAUUCUUUAAGAUACACCUACUUUUAUAGAUGAUGUUUCUAUUAGACCAUUUUGGUUAAUGUAAAUUAUAAGCUAGACUUAAGUAGAGAGUGGGAGUAUACUGGGCAGCUCACUUAUAAAAGUGGGUAUAUUUUAAUAAAAUAUAAUAUGAGGAUAUUUUUCAUUAAUGGAUACAAAAAAAAAGGUAUUCCUCAACUUAUCCCAUAAAUUUUUGAGAAAUUUACACCCGGUACUAUUUUCUCAUUUUUUUACAAUUUUACUGUUAUACGCCUAAAUUUAUUCUUUUACUGCCUAUUUUAUAUACUGUAUACUGUUUUUUUCUUAAAUUUAAACAAGCCCAUGUGAUAUC